AUACUUUCGGUUUGUUGUUGUUUAAAGCUGGAUAAACACGCAGUUCUUUUCAAACCUGAACGGAGGAAUCGUUCAUGAUUUUAACCAUGUUUUCAAAUCUUCUGCUGCUGUUCUGCUUUAUAUAUUACAGUGGAACCGCUCGUGCAGGAACUAAACUUCUCCAUGUGACAGGAAAAAAGGGAGACAGCGUCAUCCUGCCGUGUGAAUCUGAGGCCAGACAGAUUUCUCAUUAUCAUUUAAGCAGUUGGUCAAAAACUACCUAUGUUUGUCAGAAUGAAGAAUGUGAAAGUGAAAAUGGACGAGUAUUUAAACCAGGAAACUGUGACGUCGUCAUCAAGGAUCUGAAUUUCAGUGACGCAGGGAAAUAUGUUUUGAGAGUCGAUUACAAUAAUGCACAGUCAAUGCUGGAGCGAUUAACCCUGGAGUACUAUCUUCAUAUUCAGGAUGAGAUUUCUGUGAAAAUGGGUGAGGAGCUGAAGUUGGAUGUUCUGUUGACCAAUACUGAAAAAGUUGUGCAUCAGAACAAAAUCAGCACAGAGUGGACGGUGGUCUGGAAGAGAAGAGCUGGGGUCAUGAGCGAUCGACUGACUGUCAGAGAUGGAAACCUGAACAUUAAUGCAUUAACAGUCACUGAUGCAGGAACAUACAGAGUUCUGGACUUUGAUGAUGAAAUCUUGAUCACAGUGACAGUCACAGGAUCUGGUACAGACUCAAAGGAAAACCACACAGAUGACAAAACUGAUGACACUAAACAAGUUUCUGUACUUGGUUGGAUGAUUCCUAAUGGAAUGGGUUUUUCUCUGGUUGUGCUUUGUCUGACUCUGAUUUUAAUUUUGACCAGGAAUCACAGAAUAUUUCGCUAUAUGUAUUUUAAAUUUGGUUAUGAUUACAGAUAAGAUAUAAUG